AUGAACAAAAACGGAACCGCUAAAAUGAAUGAUAAUCAAAUAAGAGCCGAAGGUAGAAGGUUAUUUAAACGCUUCUAUAACAUUCCUGAUGGUGUUAAUCCUAAAACUCGUAGAAGUUAUUUAAAUGAAGCCAUAGAUGCAUAUGAAGGAUUUGACAUUUCAUCAGAAAGUGAGAGAUUAGCGAGAAUGUUAAAUGUUAAUAUUGAUUUCUAUUAUUGUGAUCCUCAACCAGAAGACGUGGACAUAA